AAUGUCCUUGUGCUUUCCCACUUCCAUUAUACCGGUAUGAGAAAAAACUGACAGUAGAAAACAAAUUCUGUAGUAAACAAGAGAGUAUAUUAUUUGGACAGAAACACGCUCAAAAGUCACAAUAAGAAUAAACCAGUCGCAACAUGGACACUACCAAGAAGUCUGAUCCCCCUGUCUCAGUGGAUAUGGUACAACAAAAGGCCAACCCUGAACGCAGCCCCGUAACAUCAAUUUAUGUACCAGAGCAAGGUGGUUACAAAGAGAAGUUUGUGAAUGCCGUGGAGGACAAAUACAAAUGUGAAAAGUGCCAUCUCAUAUUGUGCAAUCCAAGACAGACAGAAUGUGGGCAUCGAUACUGUGAGACUUGUAUGGUCACUGUAUUAAGUUCUGCAAGUCCAAAAUGUGCAGCAUGUCAAGAAAUAAUAGCGAAAGAGAAGGUGUUUAAGGAUAACUGCUGUAGGAGGGAGCUCCUUGCUCUUCAGAUACUUUGCAGAAACGAAAGUAAAGGCUGCCGAGAACAAUUGACGUUGGGACAGUUGCUUAACCAUCUGAAAAAUGAUUGUCUUUUUGAAGAACUUCCGUGCCCUCGUGUUGAUUGUAAAGAGAAAAUUCUGAGGAAAGACUUGCCCGAUCAUGUAGAAAAGACCUGUAAAUACCGGGAAACAACAUGUAAAUAUUGUAAGAGCCAAGUUCCAAUGAUUACGAUACAGAAACAUGAAGAUGCUGACUGUCCUUGUGUUAUGGUUACAUGUCCUCAUAAAUGUAGCGUUUCUGCACUUCUGAGAAAAGAGUUGAAUGCACAUUUGUCAGAAUGUAUUAAUGCCCCAAGUACCUGUAGUUUUAAGCGUUAUGGCUGCACUUUUCAGGGAACAAAUCAGCAAGUUAAAGCACAUGAAGCCACCUCUGCAGUGCAGCAUGUAGACUUAUUGAAAGAGUGGAGUAAUUGUCUAGAAAAUAAGGUGGCCAUGCUCCAGAAUGAAAGUUUGGAAAAGAACAAAAGUAUACAAACUUUACAUAAUCAAAUUUGUACCUUUGAAAUAGAAAUUGAGAGACAAAAGGAAAUGCUACGAAGUAAUGAAUCUAAAAUACAUCACUUACAGCGGGUGAUAGAUAGCCAAGCCGACAAGCUGAAAGAACUGGACAAAGAGAUCCGUCCCUUCCGACAGAAUUGGGAAGAAGCAGAUAGUAUGAAGAGUAGCGUGGAGUCCCUCCAGAACAGAGUGACUGAGCUGGAAAGUGUUGAUAAGACUACUGGGCAAGGAGCUAGAAAUACGGGUUUGCUGGAAUCGCAGCUGUCUAGGCAUGACCAAAUGCUGAGUGUUCACGACAUCCGACUAGCCGACAUGGAUCUCCGGUUUCAAGUCCUGGAAACUGCCAGUUACAAUGGAAUAUUAAUCUGGAAAAUCCGAGAUUACAAGCGUCGGAAGCAAGAGGCAGUGAUGGGGAAGACUUUGUCCUUGUACAGCCAGCCUUUUUAUACAGGAUACUUUGGCUAUAAGAUGUGCGCCAGAGUUUACCUCAAUGGUGACGGGAUGGGCAAAGGGACGCACCUGUCCUUGUUCUUUGUCAUAAUGCGGGGGGAAUACGACGCAUUGCUUCCGUGGCCGUUCAAGCAGAAAGUCACCCUUAUGCUGAUGGAUCAGGGACCUUCUCGACGUCAUUUAGGAGAUGCUUUCAAACCAGACCCGAACAGCAGUAGUUUCAAGAAGCCCACUGGAGAAAUGAAUAUUGCUUCUGGCUGCCCAGUCUUUGUUGCUCAGACUGUUCUAGAAAAUGGAACCUAUAUUAAAGAUGAUACUAUUUUUAUUAAAGUCAUAGUGGAUACAUCGGACCUACCAGAUCCCUGACGUAGAGCACUGAGGCCAGUUCAACAGAAGACAACUCCAUUGGGGGCUCUUUUUU